UCAAUGAACCAGUAAAUUCCUCCAAUGCAUUCAAARCAUUAACCAACAUACUUCGACUACAGAAAUUUUUACCAAAUAAAUAUCAAGAUAAAGUUGUCUGAACUCAGUGUAAAAUUAGAAGAAGUCGCUGGACCAACUUUGACUUGCAGGAAUAUUCRAAGAUUCUCAUGAAAAACAAAGGUAUGGAAUACCCUGGGCAAAGAAACCGAGAGAAAUUCGAAGUGGAAGAUGUUAAAUACGAGAAAGCAGCUGAGAGACUUUUGUUCGGGUCGGGUAUACGUACUGCAAUAGUGCUCAUAUCAUUGAUAACCAUUCUACCCAUCGGGAUAGUGGCACUUGUGUUUUGGAUAAGAGGAAAGAAGCGAUUGAAUAAAGGUGAAAAGGCAGGUGCGGCAGAUGAUUUCGCAGAGGCAGAGAACAUGGCCUUGACGUCCAUAUCGUUUGGUAUCCUUGGUGUGAUCACUAUACUAAUGUGCCUUGAACAACUCAAGAGAAAUCUCAGGACAGUGUAUGGAUAACACCACCCUGCAGUUGAGGGGAGGCUAUUUUGAUGUACAGUAUAUAUCCUAUUAUAAAAUAACUGUUAUAAAUUUUGCGUUAAUUGGUCGGGAGCGCGUGCUUAAUGAAAGUACACAGUGCGCGCGUACUUUUUUGCGUCAUUCCUAUCCAAAACAAAAACAAAAAACAACCGGUUAUUGGUUUAAUUUUUAAUUUUUGCGUUUUGACGUAAGUUACUCGUUGCGCCGUAAUAAAUCUUAGUGAAAUUUUAAGCAUUUCUAUCAAAUUUAUAAACUAUUGGUGGGUAUUUUUUAGCAAAUAAACUUACUAUUUUAUUGUUAUUUUGUUUAAA